GCCCACGCCAUCUGUUGAGUGGGUUUGUAGGGUUGUUGGGAGGAUAUUUUUUUCUCUAAAAGUCAGACAGCCAGUUGUCAAGGAAAUAAUUCUACUUUUUCGAAAAUUGUAAAAAAUGGACGAGGAGUACGACGCCAUCGUUUUGGGGACGGGAUUGAAGGAAUGCAUCCUCUCCGGGAUGUUGUCCGUCAGCGGAAAAAAAGUCCUCCACAUUGACCGCAACAAAUACUACGGAGGUGAAUCCGCCUCCAUCACUCCAUUAGAAGAACUCUUUGAAAAGUACUCCACCCCCGUGGACCCCGCGUACGGUCGUGGUCGGGACUGGAACGUGGAUCUCAUCCCCAAAUUCCUCAUGGCCAAUGGUCAACUAGUUAAACUCUUGAUUCACACCGGGGUCACGCGCUAUCUGGAGUUUAAAUCCUGCGAAGGGUCAUAUGUUUAUAAGGGCGGGAAGAUUUCAAAAGUUCCCGCCGAUGAGAGGGAGGCACUGGGGAGUGAUCUGAUGGGGCUGUUCGAGAAGCGCCGGUUCAAGAACUUUCUCGUUUUUGUUCAAGAGUACGACCCGGCGGACCCGAAAACCUGGAAGGAUUUCGACUCUCGAACACAAACGACGCAGCAGCUGUACGAGAAAUUUGGCUUGGACGCGAAUACACAAGACUUUACGGGGCAUGCCAUCGCGCUGUAUCGGGACGAUGAGUACCUCGCGAAGCCCGCCGGAGAUGCGAUGAAGCGGAUUAAACUUUAUUCGGAGUCGCUGGCGAGAUAUGGGAAGAGCCCUUAUCUUUAUCCAAUGUAUGGGCUGGGGGAGUUGCCACAGGGGUUUGCUAGACUAUCCGCCAUCUACGGCGGGACCUACAUGCUGGACAAGCAAGUCGACGAGAUCGUCAUGGACGCGGAAGGAAAAGUCUGCGGGAUUCGGAGCGGUGGUGAAAUCGCCAAGUGUAAACAAGUCUAUUGCGACCCUACCUACGUUCCCGAACGGGUUCGGAAAACGGGGCAGGUGAUCCGGUGCAUUUGUCUGAUGGACCAUCCCGUUCCGAACACCAAGGAUGCCCUCAGCACGCAGAUUAUCAUACCUCAGAAGCAAGUGGGGAGGAGGAGUGAUAUCUACGUCUCUGUGGUGUCGUACACGCACCAGGUGGCUGCCAAGGGCUGGUUCGUUGCCAUGGUUUCCACGACCGUGGAGACGGCCACGCCGGAGGAGGAGAUCCGGCCCGGACUCGCGCUAUUGGGACCCAUUCGACAAAAGUUCGUGACCGUCUCUGACUACUACGAAGCCCUGGACCCGGGUCAGUCCACGCAACUCUUCAUUUCAACCUCGUACGACGCCACGACCCAUUUCGAGACCACGUGUUUGGACGUUUUGGACAUUUUCAAACGGGGGACGGGGGAGGACUUUGACUUUUCAAAGGUGAAACAUAAUCUGGGGGAUGAGGAAUAAGGUUUCCAUGUUGAUUAUUUGAUAUUUCUUAAAUUGUUUAUUUAAUAAAACAUUCCGCGUGUGUGGGGAUUAAUUAAAUUGAAUAAAAUGUUUUUUUUCUGGUGUAA